UUUCGGAUUUUAGAAAGUCAUGCUUUGUUGCUCUAGUUUUGAGACUAUUAUUUCUGAUUUAUGGCCAAUGGCAGGACUCAACGAUGGUGGUGAAAUACACAGACAUUGACUACGAGGUUUUCACAGACGCUGCAAGGCAUGUUUCGAAAGGUGGGUCACCAUACGAUCGUGCAACCUACCGCUACACACCUCUCCUAGCGUGGAUCAUCGUCCCAAACGUGACACUCCACAAAGCCUUCGGAAAGCUCCUUUUUGUGUUUUGUGAUAUCGUCGCAGGAUAUUUAAUUCAUUUAAUAUUAAAAGCUCGGGGAAUACCAGAAUUCACGGCUGUCAAAUACUCUUGGUUCUGGCUGCUGAAUCCCAUGAUCAUCACUGUGUCCACUCGUGGGAAUGCUGAAUCUAUUCUAGCAGUCCUUGUCCUGUCUUCAAUUUAUUUCAUGCUCAAGAGACGCUUCACCCUUUCCGCAGUCAUGUUGGCGUUGUCUGUUCAUUUUAAAAUUUACCCAAUAAUCUAUGCAUUACCAUUGUUCCUAAAUGUUGGUUUACUGGUGAAAAGACAAGAGAGAACAAGUGAAAUAGGAAAGCAUGAGGGAAUGCUGUGGGCAAUAUUUUCCAAUAUAAAUCAUCCAAAUCAGUUCCUGUAUGCUUUCAUAGCUUCAUCAAUAUUUCUCGGGAUCAAUGCUACAAUGUAUUACAUAUAUGGACUUGAGUUUCUUGAACACACAUAUUUCUACCAUGUGACAAGAAAAGAUGUCAAGCAUAACUUUUCUGUAUAUUUCUACUUGUUGUACCUCACAAUGGACACUUCAUUUUCUUGGGUGAUAAGUCUGCUUGCAUUUCUACCGCAACUUGUUCUUGUCUUAGUGUUUGCAGUGAAAUACUACAAAGAUUUGCCAUUUUGCUGUUUUGUUCAAACAUUUGCAUUUGUCAUUUUUAACAAAGUCUGCACCUCACAGUAUUUUCUUUGGUACUUAUCUCUAUUGCCACUUAUCCUGCCCCAAGUCCAGAUUGACUUAACAAAAGGUUUUAAAAUGCUUUUUGCGUGGUUUGCAAGCCAGUUACUAGGAGGAAACCAGGAAGAUUGCCGACAAAAUAUCUAAAACAAAAAGAAUUUCCUCUAUAGAAGUUGUCUCCAGCACUGACGAAAAAGUCCAGAUUUGGAAUCUACGAAAAAGAAUGUUGUGACUUG